UAAAAUACACUGCAAGGAGAGUCUUGGAGAUAUUGUGAUGGUGAAAUUGGAACACACAGACUUUUGUUGGAAAUGCUGGUUCUGUUCCAAAGUAAUUGUAGAGGACUGUGCAGGAAGGAAGUCCUUCACGUUUCCUUGUCACACUUGGUUGACAAAUAAUACGACUGUUGAGCUGAGAGAGGGCACAGCAAAGAAACCCAAAGAAGAUGAACUGGACAUCUUGAAGCAGAACAGAAAGGGAGAGCUGGACAAUCGGAGGAAGAUUUUAAAAUGGGUGACCUAUGCAGAAGGAAUCCCAAGAUGUCUGGAUAUGAAGGACACAAGUGAAUUGCCGCUGGAUGUACAAUUUUCAUUCAUCAAAAACACAGAAUUUAAAUUGACAUACUUGAUAGGUGUGAGUGAACUAAAAAUAGAGAAGUAUUUACACUGGCAGACUCACUGGAGAUCUAUGGCAGACAUAGAGACUUUCUUCGGAGUAUACAAAACUGCAGCGUCAGAGUUGGUGAAAUCGAGAUGGGAAGAAGAUGUAUUUUUCGGCUUCCAGUUUCUGAACGGCUUCAACCCCAUUAUGAUCAAAAAGUGCAAAGAGAUCCCUUCAAACUUCCCAGUGACGGACAACAUGGUGUCUCCAUUCCUGGAACAAUCCAGUUCAUUGCAGAACGAAGUGCAGAAGGGGAACAUCUUUCUGGUGGACUAUCAGCUAUUGGACGAGAUUCCAGCCAAUGAAAUUAAUGGAGGACUUCAGUAUCUACCUGCCCCACUCUGUCUGCUGUACAGAGAUCCCAACAAUCAUCUGAAACCGAUUGCUAUCCAGUUGCAGCAGAAAGCACAUCCAGAAAACCUGAUUUUCCUGCCCAGUCACUCUGUAGACUGGCUGCUUGCAAAGAUCUACGUGCGCAGUGCAGAUUUCAACUACUUUGAGCUCAUUACUCACCUGCUGCGCACUCACCUGCUAGCUGAAGUGUUCUGCAUGGCAACACACAGAAAUCUGGCUUCUGUGCACCCGCUGUACAAGCUCCUGAUUCCUCACACAAAAUACACGCUGCAGAUCAAUAUCAUAGCAAGGAAUAACCUGCUGAAGAAAGGUGGGACUUUUGACCAGGCUUUCAGUAUUGGAGGAAAGGGACUUCAUAAACUGCUGCAGAAAGCUCACAGCUGUGUGACCUACAGCUCCCUCUGUCUGCCGGAGGAUAUUACAGCAAGAGGAGUAGAAGGCAUUCCCUGUUAUUACUACAUAGAGGACGGGAUGAAAGUGUGGAACACAAUCAACAGGUUUGUCGAGGCAAUGCUUAAGUAUUACUACCCGAGUGACAGAGAUGUGGUUGAAGACACAGAGCUGCAGGAUUGGGCAAAAGAAAUAUUUUCUAAUGGCUUUCUGAAUCGCAAAGAAUCAGGUAUCCCAGACUCCUUUAGUACAGUCAGUGAACUCAACAAGUUCCUCACAAUGAUUCUGUUUACCUGCUCAGCGCAGCACAAUGCAGUUAAUGCAGGUCAGUUUGAUUUUGCAGCUUGGAUGCCCAACGCCUCUCCCACCCUGCGGCGCCCCCCUCCCUCCAGUCUGGGGGAAACGACUGAACAAGACAUCCUGGAGAGCAUCGCUGAUGUUAACAGCACCAUUCAAAGCCUGGCAGUCGUCUGGUUGCUCAGCCACAAGUACCACGACUUUGUUAAACUGGGUGAUUACCCAGAGGAGCGAUUCACAGAGGAGACCCCAAAAAAGCUGAUUUCAAAAUUCCAGUCUGACUUGCAGCAAAUUGAUGAUGAGAUAGCGCUUCGCAAUAAAGGCCUAAAACCUGGAUAUCCUUACUUGAGACCAACACAAGUAGAGAACAGCGUUGCCGUCUGAGUGUUUAAACCUCAAAUAUCACAGCUAUUCUAUUGUAGCAUAACUGUAACUGCAAUUGUAAUGAAACAGCAAUCAGUGGUUCCAAAUCCUGGUCCUGGUCCUGG